AUGGAUUUCAGAGACAUUGAAUUUGAAACGUCUGACAAAACCACCUUGCGCGGACGCCUAUACACCCCCAAGUCCUUCGCAGAGAAGUUGCCAUGCCUUGUCAUGGCAUCUGGGUUCUCAGCGUUGAAGGAGAUGGGCCUGGCUAACUUUGCGAGAUACUUUACAUCCAAAUUACAAGUAGCUUGCCUGGCGUACGAUAACCGUGGACUCGGAUCUAGUGAUGGUGAACCACGCCGUGAGAUCCUACCGGCCCUACAAAUCAGUGACUAUUCAGAUGCCAUCACCUUUGCCCAGAGCUUACCGGAAGUUCAUUCUGAUAAGAUCGGUAUUUGGGGAAGUUCAUAUAGCGGGGGUCACGUGUUAUGUGUUGGUGCAAUUGACCGUCGGGUCAAAGUUGUGCUUAGUCAAAUACCCUUCACUAGCGGGUGGGAUAAUUUCCAUCGUAUACACCGGGCAGACUUUAUUGCUGAUCUGAACAAAGCGUUUCAGCACGAUCGUCAGAUUCGUGCAAAUGGCGGAGAGCCACGCCGGAUACCUGUAGUGCACAGGGAUCUUCAAGAGCUUUCCAUCCUUCCUUCCGAAGAUAGCUAUCAAGCCUACAUGAAAUCAGAGGCAAUUGGAUGGAUAAAUGAUGUCACAUUGAAGAGCCUUGAGGCAUUCCGAGCAUAUGAACCAGGUGCCUACAUCCAUCGCAUCUCACCGACUCCUCUCUUGAUGACUGUUAUGAAUAAUGAUGUUGUAACGCCGACAGAUCUUGCUCUUGAAGCAUUUUCGCGUGCAAAGGAACCAAAGAAGUUGCAAAUUCUUCCUGGAGGACAUUUCGAUCCCUACGACGGCCCUAUUUUCGACAAGAAUGUCGCUGUUCAGGCAGAGUUUUUAAAGACUCAUAAUUUUUGCUAG